AUGCGAGACGGGAACACGUUGUUUUACUGGUGGGAGCCGGAGAACUACGAGUUUGGGGUGGACAAGGUGCCUCUGCUCUUCCCCGUCUACAACGCUAGCGAGUGGGCCGUGGGGAACCAGAGGACGGAUCAGCCUCCCGGUUAUGUUGGCAAGCUGGUGAGCUCGAAUCUCCAGGCCAAGGCACCACGAGUCCAUACCCUGAUCGAACGGUUUUCUCUUAGUACCGGGAUGUUGGAAGAGCUGAACCAGCUCCUGUCUCUCAGCGGAAUCUCGGCCGGUGGUACUCCAACGGCAGGCGACGACGUAGUCUAUCGCGCGGCCUGCGAUUGGGUACGAUCCAGCGAGUCUUUGUGGAGGGCGUGGAUUCCCACGACGUGCGAUGCAGGGUCCGGUCUGGUUGAUGCAGGUGGCCAAUAUCUUCUCAGUCGUGGAGAUGACGCUGUGGGUUGCAGCACAUGUUCGUCUGGUCGUUUCUCGGAGCCUCUUCUGGAUGGCCAGGGCUUCAUUUACCGCUGUGCGAUGUGCCCCCCGGGCACUUAUCAGGAGUUCGCGAACCAAGUUGGCUGCAACGACUGCGCAUUGGGCCGCUUCGCCAAUGAGACGGGUGCCACAGCAUGCAGCCUGUGUCCGUUGGGCACCUUUGCAGACCAGGAAGGUCGCACGUCCUGCGCCAGCUGCGGGGACAAUACCUGGACCACCAUGGAUUUGGCCUUGGUGAGCAACGAGGGGAGCAGCGAUGGUGGUGGUCGCUGGAUCGAAGUGCGUGGGGCCACGUCCAAGGAUUUCUGCGUAUGUGUAGAAGGCCGCCAUUUCUGGCAGGGCCAAUGCGAGUUGUGCCUGCAGGGCACGACUUGCCUGGGGCCUACGAGCCUCAGAAUCGACCCAGGCUUCUUUGCCUUUCCCGAGCAUCCGGGCAACGUCUUCCGCUGCUUCGGUCUGGAGCAGCGUUGCCAGGGCGGCCCUCCUGGCAGCUGCGCAGCAGGCCGCAGCAACCAGAGCCUGGCCUGCGCCCAGUGCUUGCCGGGAUUCCAGGCGCAAGCCGAUGGCCAGUGCCGCGAGUGUGCGGCAGCGGACUUUGCCAUCGUCUUUGGCCUCUGCCUGCUUGGGGUGGUCUUUGUGGGAUGCCUGCACGCGUCUCUGAUCGCAGAGGAGAAGUUCGCCAGCCAUGGCAGCCAGCACGGAAGCCUGCUGAAUGUCGCGUUGGGCUUGAGCCAACUGGUGACCUGCGCGCAGGUGUUUGGCGUGAUGCGCAGAUUGCGGAUUCCCUGGGAGGCCUCUUCAUGGUUCAUGGGUGAGCCUUUUUCGCUUCUCUUGCUGACAUCGGAGUUCCUGUCACUGGAUGCGCUGGUGUAUUCUUUCAGCUCCAUUCAAUGCGUUCUCCCGUCCUCAGCAGUGGAAGAGUACCUGGCAGGCGCAUCGUUGCUUCCAUUGGCUUUCGUCUUGUCCUUGAUCCUUGUGCAUUCUGCAUACAUCAGCUGGCGAAGGAGUGGUUUGCGCCUGGAUUCGUUGGCGAAAACCUGCGGCUCGUUCUCCAUGCUCUUCAUGAUUUCAAUCCUGUCUUCAAUUCUGGAACCUUUCUAUUGCAACUUGCAUCCCAACGGGGACAGGACCAUGCAGUCCCGUCAUGACGUGCUCUGCAAUUUCCGUGCAGAGCACCUGGAGAUCUGCCUGGCUGCCAUCGCCCUGUCUACGGUUCCCAUUGCCUUUCUCUCCAUCUGUGUCCGCAUCAUUGUCUUCGAUCUUCCGAAGCGCAUUCAAAGAGCCGACGUCGGCUUUGUGAAUGCCUGUUCCUUCCUGGUUCUGCGAUACCGUCCGGGGGUAGAGGCGUUUGCCGUGAUUGUCUUGCUCAGGAACAUCCUCGUAACCUUGUCUCCUCUGAUCACAUCCCAGGCCGGCAGUCUGCUGUUGCUCUGCACAUGCCUGUACAUCACAUUCUGUGGGGUGGCGUUUUGGCAGCCCUGGCGGACGAAGCUGGCCACGUACACGGAUCUGGUGAUGCACGCUGGCUCUCUGCUUGUGUUGGACAUGGGCAAGUUCUAUGCUCCUGCAGCAGAAGAUGGCUACACAUUAAUGAUUAUUUGCAUCGUGGCUAGCGGUAUCAUGCUUGUUUGGGGCACGGUGGUUGUGCUUUGGGCUGCCCGGCACCGCUUUUUAAAGUGA